AUGGAGCUAAGGAAAGGCUGCAACUUUUCCAAGCGGAGCUGCUGGAAGAAGGGUUUUUCGACUCUGCUAUUGAAGGAUGCUCUGGAGUUUUCCACACUGCUUCCCCUGUUUCCUUCUCGGCCGUUGAUCCCCAGACAGAGAUAA